GCUCAGUUCUCCGUGAGCCGACACUGGAGACAGCAGCAGCGGCGGCUGCAGCGGCCCUGACCCGCAGCGCCUCACUCUCCCUGCGCCGCCCGCCCCGACGGCAUGGCCCGCGGCCCGGGCUCCGGGCGUCCCCAUCCCCGCUGAGAGCCGCCGCGGCCCUGGACCCGCGCGUGGGGCCCCGAGCCGCUGGGAUGAGCCGCACCGAGUGGUGAUUGCCGCUCGGGAAUGCGGGUGUGAAGGGUCCGAGCUACCGCCCAGCGGGGAGGAGACCCCGGGACGUCGGAAAUCACCAUCCCGAAGCUGCAAGACGGGGAAAGAGAGAGAGCAUUCUUCAUUCAGUUGUGUGCCUUGUGGGGGAUUUUUGAAAAGUCGUUAUUUUUUUUAAAGAAACAUUUCCGCGCUACUGUCUGUCAUCGUCUCUGGGGAAAUCAGCCAGAACCACCGGGACGUAACUGAAACCAGACGAGAGAGGCAGGAGCCGAGGCAGUACCUGCAGCGUCCGGGCACUAGAGCCACCUUGGAACGGGAUCGCGUCUCCGGCGGCCGCGGGGCUGCGGCUCCGCCAAACUUUGGGGCGGGCGGACCGGGCAGGGGCGCCCAGGGGGCUCUGUAGACCGAGGGCGGCCCCCUAACCAUGAUGUUUCGCGACCAGGUCGGGGUGCUGGCGGGCUGGUUUAAGGGCUGGAACGAGUGCGAGCAGACUGUUGCGCUGCUGUCGCUGCUCAAGCGCGUGAGCCAGACCCAGGCCCGCUUCCUCCAGCUCUGCCUGGAGCACUCGCUGGCCGACUGCGCCGAGCUGCACGUCCUCGAAGGAGAGGCCAACAGUCCUGGAAUCAUUAACCAAUGGCAACAGGAAUCCAAGGAUAAAGUGAUUUCCCUCCUGUUAACUCACCUGCCUUUGCUGAAGCCAGGAAACCUUGACGCAAAAGUAGAGUAUAUGAAACUGCUGCCCCAGAUCCUGGCACACUCUAUUGAACACAACCAGCACAUUGAGGAGAGCAGGCAGCUGCUGUCCUAUGCUUUGAUACAUCCGGCCACCUCGUUGGAAGACCGCAGUGCUUUAGCCAUGUGGCUGAAUCACUUGGAGGACCGCACAUCGACCAGCUUUGGUGGCCAGAACCGAGGCCGCUCGGACUCUGUGGAUUAUGGGCAGGCGCACUACUAUCACCAAAGACAGAACUCCGACGACAAGCUCAACGGGUGGCAGAACUCUCGGGAUUCUGGGAUUUGCAUCAAUGCCUCCAACUGGCAGGACAAAAGUCUGGGAUGUGAGAACGGCCACGUGCCCCUCUACUCCUCCUCGUCUGUCCCCACCACAAUCAAUUCGAUUGGAACCAGCACAAGUACAAUUCUCUCAGGCCAGGCACACCACAGCCCUUUGAAACGAUCUGUGUCCCUUACCCCACCCAUGAAUGUGCCAAGCCAGCCUCUAGGACAUGGAUGGAUGUCUCAUGAGGACUUACGAGCUAGAGGACCUCAGUGCCUCCCAUCCGAUCAUGCCCCCCUGUCUCCACAAAGCAGUGUAGCCUCUUCAGGAAGUGGUGGCAGUGAACACUUAGAAGAUCAGACCACUGCUCGUAACACAUUCCAAGAAGAAGGUAGUGGUAUGAAAGAUGUUCCAGCCUGGUUAAAAAGUCUCCGCCUGCACAAGUAUGCUGCGCUUUUCUCCCAGAUGACCUAUGAGGAGAUGAUGGCCCUCACCGAGUGCCAGCUGGAGGCUCAGAACGUUACCAAAGGUGCAAGACACAAAAUUGUCAUCAGUAUUCAGAAGCUCAAGGAAAGACAAAAUCUCCUGAAAUCUUUGGAAAGGGACAUCAUCGAGGGGGGCAGCCUGCGCAUCCCACUCCAGGAGCUGCACCAGAUGAUCCUGACGCCCAUCAAGGCCUACAGCUCCCCGAGUGCCACCCCGGAGGCUCGCCACCGGGAACCGCAGGCCCCGCACCAGCCCUCGCUGAUGGGCCCCGAGAGCCAGAGCCCCGACGGCAAAGACAGUGGUGCAGCCACCGGUGCCACGGCCACCCCCUCGGCUGGGGCCAGCGGCGGGCUCCAGCCACACCAGCUGAGCAGCUGUGACGGGGAGCUGGCUGUCGCCCCGCUGCCCGAGGGGGACCUUCCCGGGCAGUUCACACGCGUCAUGGGAAAAGUGUGCACUCAGCUCUUGGUCUCCAGACCUGAUGAGGAAAAUAUAAGUUCCUAUUUACAGCUCAUAGACAAGUGUCUAAUUCAUGAGGCAUUUACAGAGACACAGAAAAAAAGAUUGUUGUCAUGGAAACAGCAGGUGCAGAAGCUCUUUCGGUCUUUCCCUCGGAAAACCCUUCUAGACAUAUCAGGAUAUCGACAGCAAAGAAAUCGCGGCUUUGGGCAGUCCAACUCCCUCCCCACGGCUGGCUCUGUGGGCGGCGGCAUGGGCAGGCGGAACCCGCGUCAGUACCAGCUCCCCUCCCGGAACGUCCCUUCCGCCCGCCUGGGCCUCUUGGGCACCAGUGGAUUCGUCAGCUCCAACCAGCGCAACACCACAGCCAACCCCACCAUCAUGAAACAAGGAAGACAGAACCUCUGGUUUGCCAACCCCGGGGGCAGCAACAGCAUGCCCAGCCGCACCCACAGCUCAGUCCAAAGGACCCGCUCGCUGCCUGUGCACACUUCCCCGCAGAACAUGCUGAUGUUCCAGCAGCCAGAAUUCCAGCUUCCUGUGACUGAACCUGACAUCAACAACAGGCUGGAGUCCUUGUGCCUCAGUAUGACCGAACACGCCCUGGGAGAUGGGGCGGACCGGACCUCCACCAUCUAGAAGCUGAAGAUGAGAGUGACCGCGCUGGCCGUGAAAUCGACUGCUGCGGGUCCAGUGUCAGCCAUCUUCAGGGUUGCACAGAAUCCUUCACGACGCUUUGCAGCCUCUUUUCCCCUGGUCCCUCUCCCAUUUUGAUUUUGUGAGCGCGUAGGUCAUCCUUGUAAACGUAUCAGUAGACCCGGGAUUGGUUCUUUUGUCGUUUGUUUCUGUCAUGGGAUGGUUUGGUGUGUGGGGUGGGGAGGGGUCUCUAGGGAAACGCGGGACUGGGAGGGAGGAAGGAAUGCGGGUGGCCUCCCGGAUGGAAAGGGAGAGUAAGCACUGCCCGAGAGAGAGGCGACACACAGGAGGGAGGUGGGAGCCUUGCCAAGAGCCCGGCUGCACAGGCGGCCAUAGGGGGCCGCGUGACACACGCUUCCCAAGCAAGACGGCGGCUCACCCUUUAUGCCCAGUCUGAUCCCGAGUGGAUGUCCCCGAGGCCUGGCCUGAAGCAGCCACAGGAGAGGGCCCCAUGGCAACGGGGCGAGAAGGAAGAAAUUCCCUCCAGCAAAACUUUGAUUUGUGUAUUGUUUACAUGACAAUUUUAAAGGGUACAUAAUGUAUAAAAAGUUUGGGUAGAACUUCUCUACAUACUACGGUUUUUGUAAAGGAUUUGUUGUUACGGAUUCAUUUUUUUUUUCCUCUAUUUUUAUAAUAGCAGCAGGGAUGUGUUUUAAAACGGCUGCCAAGCUCUGCUUCUUGGGAAGAUGGAUGCAGUCACAUUGGCCUGAGUUGUUCGUCUUUCGCCAGUAGGCGGGCAGAGCGUGUGGGUGGACACAAGGGCCACAGACGUGGCCAGAACGAGCGUGGCAUUGGGUGAGGGCACAAGGAUGAUGGCACCGUGUGAUAGUUAGGGGUUUUGCUCGCAGGUCACCCAGGGGGUCUAAAAGAAUCCCACCGGCUCUUUCUGUGCUGGAUUUGCUUCUCACCAAGAGACCUCUCCCCUUCCCCCCUGGCUGUGGGGCUCCACCCUGUCACUCCAGGCUUGCUCCACAUCCAGACAGGUGGGUACGAGGCAAGGUGGAGACCAGGCCAGGAUGGACGGUUUCCCCUCGUGAGAGGUCUAAUACCCAGACGAUGAGCUCAAAACAUUUGCAGUGGGGUCACUGCUGAGGAAGAAGAGGAGAGAAAGGUCCAGCAACAGUGUAUAAAAGGUCAGUCAGCAAGUGCCAGAGAGAGCAUGCAGGGAGGUGUUUGGUCCAUGUGGUACAGCCCUACCGUCCCAGGUGGGCAGUGAAAGAAGGCAUAGGAAAGGUUAGUUUCACAGUGGAAACAAUGGCCCUAAUCCACACAGUAUAAGUUACAGAUUUACUAGGUUGUUGGCCGAUUUAUCCAUCCACACAGAGGGGAGAAAAAAAAAAACAUUCAUUACAUGGUGAGAGAUUAACAAACUAUGGUACCACGAAGUAAUAGCUCUAUUUCUUAAGGACAAGAAGGGCUACAGUUCAGAAUUUGAUGCGGUGGAGGGUAUUAGGCAAAAUCAAAGAGAAGUUGUGCUCUGCACUGGAAAAUUGGGUUGUGUAAAUGGCGGUACGGACGCUCAGCCAGAGGCGAGAUGAGGGAGAUGGUAUAAGGCCUGUUUGUCAAAUGGAUGAGUCUGAUGGGUUUUUUGUUUUGUUUUGUUUUGGGUUUUGUUUUUAAUGAAGUCAGUUGAAAUUAAAGAGAUCAGACUGUGAAAAUCACUGCACUCGUUUAUGGGCUUUUUGGUUUUUUUUUUUUAAAGCUAAUGAAGUACGUACAGAUUUUUAAAGCCUUAAUGAAAUCUAAACAACUUUGUUUUACUUUCAAAAUUAAAAAUGUAUACCCACCCAGUCUUAGAUGCUGCAACAGGGGUUCUGAAGCCCUUUGCAGUCUAAAAAGAUGAGAUCAACGUAACUCUAGAGAAUCUUUCGUGAGCAGAGGAGGCUUGGAUCCAGUUUCAUGCAUUUCAUUAAAAAAAGGUAUAGACCUCUCCUUGGGUAACUGAGUUCUAAAGACGCAAAUCCAUGCACAGAAAGAGACAGCAUUUCUUAGUUGAUUAUUUUUAACCAAGUGCCAUUAACAUUCAUCCCCCACAUCCCUUUUCUAAACAAGCUCAUUGUGACUUGGGGAAUGUGUUGGGAUGGAUGACCACAUACAUGUGAGGCAGGAAGAAUAGGUCAAAUGUUGAAGGCCAAAGGUAAGACCAGAGGGUUUGUGAAUGUGUUUUUUGGAUGCUGAGAAAGUGAUAUAGAGGAGAAAAAACAAUGGUAUUACACACCUUGUUGAGAAAGAAGAAAGCAUUCAGAUCUGCUGCAAAACACUUAUCUACAAAGACUCGUGUUAUUCAGAAAACAGAUUGUGAACACAAUCACAUUAGCAUGAAUCCUUUAAAAGGAAGAAGACCUUAAAGUAUUUGCAAAUCUGAAUUUCUAUUUAUUCCUUCACUGAAUAUAGAAACAAUGGUUAUCUGAUUAUUAGAGAUAUUAUUUUGGAUAUGUUACUUAUUAACUUGCUAUGGCUGGUAACCAUGAUAAAGUCUGUUAUUAAUAACAACAUAAUUCUUUUUUUAAAAAAGAAAAGCUUAUUUUUCAUUGACUAUGUAUAGAUUUAUCUACUUAGUUAUGUUUUGCUAUUAGUGUUUUAAUUUUUUUUUAAGUUGAGUGUUAGGAUAAAUUUUAGGAGCCUGUUCCCACGUCGUUUUGAGUCCUGUGUUGACUGCAGGUAUACAGCUCAAUUUAAAAAUCCUAAAUCAAAAGAGUAUUAUUUAUAAAAGAAUCAAACAGUUGCACGCAUAAGGCUGUGAAGUCGGAUAUUUAGUAAUAAAGCGGCAGUGCCUUUUUUUGUAUUUUUACCCAUUGCCCCCCAAAUGCAACUGUUUUAUAUUAAGUAAAUAGCAAAUGAUUUAAAAAUCUCAGAGUAAAAUCUAUUUCACUACAUGUUUUCCCCCUGUGUUCUGAUUUAAGCAGUGUGUACUUGGCAUCUCUACACUGUCCCAGGGACGGUGGUGUUCUACAAUAUUGUUAUCAUGUAUGAUGUUUUAUUGGUGCUUUUUAUUCAUAGUGGUUUCUUACCAGAAACAGUAGGAAGAAACACAUGAACUGUGUACAAGACAUGAAACAUUGCUGCUGAUAUGUUUUUUCCACAUGCUUUUGAGUUUCACUUUUUUAAAUAAGAGCCAGCAAGCAAAAUAGACACGCUGGGUCUGCCUGCCGAGGGCGGCUGUGUGCGCCAAGCCUUCAAAUCCUGUGUGUGGAUGGUCCCUUUUUGGUACCCAGGAUUUGAGCUACAGCUGGGCCCUGUCUCUCCCAUUCAUUAGAAGAGACACUGAAGGAAACAAGGGUUUCUUUUGAGGUGUCCCUGGCUGCCUUUUACGAAAUGGGAGCCUUCUCUGGGUGUUUUGUUCUUCUGCACCUCUUGUAGCUACUGCCUGUGCAAGGUUUGUAGAUGUGUAUUCCCGAGGAGCCUGGGCUGGGGGCCUGCAAUGGGCUGAAUGCAUAGACAUGCAGCAAGAAGGACGGCGAGGGGAGGCAAAGCAGGCCCCCACCUCACUGCCCCGCUGGAGAGGUCUGCAGCAGUCAGCUCCAGCUCGGGCACGGGGAAGCAGCCUGACCAAGGCGCUGGGGUGUACCUGUUACAGGAAAAAUCUGCAGAAGGAUAAUUUGCACAUGGAGCUGUGAUAACACUAAUGUUGAUUUUUUUUUUUACAAGUCAUCAGAGAUGUUUGCAAAGUGAGUUUUAUUUUUUUGUAAUUCCUUUAUCUUUACUUAAAGGUGAAUGUGUAUUCCUCUGGGAGGAAUAGGAAGAAAACAGGAAUGUUAAUAAUGUCAAACAGAAGACUUCCUCCCUUAUUAAUAUAUAACCCUCAUGUAUUUAUGCCUAAUGUAAGCUGACUUUUAAAAAGCUUUCUUUUGUUGCAUGCCCCGUGCAGGCAUCCGUAUUGUACAUGCAUGCCUCUCGUCCUGUUUUCCUGUAUAAAGUUAGUGAACAAAGAAAUAUUUUUGCCUAGUUCAUGUUGCCAAGCAAUGCAUAUUUUUUAAAUUUGUCAUAUAUGGAAAGAGCAUGUUUGUUACAUGUAAAAGCUUUACUGAUAUACAGAUAUACUAAUGUUUGAAGAUGCUGUUCUUUGCAAGUGUACAGUUUUCAAAUGUUGUUACCAGUGAAACACCCUUGUGGUUUAAACUUGCUACAAUGUAUUUAUUACUCAUUUCCUCCCAUGUAACUAAGAAUCAUGGCUAUAUUUCAUAUCAACGUUAUAUUGAAAGUGAAGGGAAAUGAUUAAUACAAGGUUUUGUAACA